AAUCAAAGAUUCUACCGUACAUCAUCCAGCCGGUGUAUGAUCUGCGCCAGUCGGGAGAGGUGGCUUUCGGGCCAGGUACCCGCUCAGUUCUGCUCGGUAUAUUGGGUGGGGCCUUGCCUCGGUUGACCACCGAGCAACAGGAGCUCGUCGCCAGAGCAAAGAAGUACGCUAUGGAGCAGAGCAUCAAAAUGGUGUUGAUGAAGCAAACGUUGGCCCACCAGCAACAGCAGCUGGCAAGCCAGCGCACGCAGGUUCAGCGCCAGCAGGCCCUGGCUCUAAUGUGUCGUGUGUACGUUGGCAGUAUUUCAUUCGAGCUAAAGGAAGAUACAAUUCGGACCGCAUUCUUGCCCUUCGGUCCGAUCAAAUCGAUCAACAUGUCCUGGGAUCCGAUCACACAGAAGCACAAAGGAUUCGCGUUCGUAGAGUACGAGAUUCCCGAAGGAGCACAGCUGGCGCUCGAGCAGAUGAACGGUGCAAUGCUCGGCGGGCGUAACAUCAAAGUGGGUCGUCCUAGCAACAUGCCGCAGGCUCAGCAAGUGAUCGACGAAAUCCAGGAGGAAGCGAAGAGCUACAAUCGCAUCUACAUCGCCUCGAUCCAUCCGGAUCUGACCGAGGAGGACAUCAAGAGCGUGUUCGAAGCGUUCGGACCGAUCAUGACGUGCAAGAUGUCUCAAGGUAACGCAGUACACACGCACAAGGGCUACGGGUUUAUCGAAUAUCAAACGAACCAGUCCGCCAUCGAAGCAAUCGCCAGUAUGAAUUUGUUUGACCUCGGGGGGCAGCUACUAAGGGUUGGCCGUUCGAUCACGCCGCCGAACGCACUCAUGGGACCGGCGGCGAAUUCCGCCAUGCCAACAGCAGCCGCAGUUGCAGCUGCAGCGGCCACGGCAAAGAUACAAGCCAUGGACGCUGUGGCUACGAGCGCGGUUCUUGGGUUGUCCGCGACGACCCCAGUGCUGAAGGUUGGUGCGCUUACAGGGCUCCCACUAAAUCCAGCCAUAACAACGGCGGCUGGGGCGGGAUUCGUCGCCCAAGCCCAACUGGCUGCUGCGACACAAGCCGCGGCCGCCAUUAACAGCCAGCCAGGUCUGCUAGUGCCGCCUGCAUCGCUCGCACCGUCCCUGUUGGUAAAUCCGGUGCUGGGUGCCGCUGCCAAACCCCUACCCACAGUAUUGAGCCAGGCGAAUCCCGCCGCGGUUGCUGCAGCAGCCGCAGCAGCAGCAGCGGCAGCGGCUGCUGCAGCUGCCGCCCCGAACGCGACCGCCGAGGACGUGUACAAGAAGGCUCAGGAAAAGCAACAGGAGGAGCUACAGAAGAAGCUCCUCGAAGAGGGCGAACCGCAGACGCUGCAACAGCAGGAGUCGAUGUCUAUCAAAGGGCAGAGCGCCCGCCAUCUAGUGAUGCAGCGGUUAAUGCGGCCACGCGAGAGCAAGGUGGUGAUACUGCGUAACAUGGUCGGUCCGGAGGAUGUGGACGAAACGCUGCAGGAAGAGAUUCAAGAUGAGUGUAGCAAGUACGGUGCCGUGGACCGGGUUAUUAUCUACAAGGAGCGCCAGUCAGAGGGCAAUUUUGCCGAGGACGACAACACGGACGUGAUCGUGAAGAUCUUCGUCGAGUUUUCGCAGGCCACCGAAGCAGAUAGAGCCCGAGAGUCACUGAACGGUCGCUACUUUGGCGGCCGCUUGGUCAAGGCGGAGUCGUACGAUCAGGCUCUCUUUGACCACGGCGAUCUGUCUGGUUAAAGCAAAGGGUGCGAUCGGUUUCGGAAUCAUUUGCCAUUGCCGUUGUGCGUGGUUGUUUCUGACCCGAUUCGAACUGUUUAAUUUGCGUCAGGCGCACGUGUGUGUGUGUUUUGUGCUGUGCGAAAAAAUCCCUUCGCACGUAAUAGACGCACAUGGGAUGAGGAAAUGGAUGGAAUUUAAUACAUUUGACCAUUGCAAAUAUAGUCCGCUAUUUGCAUAGAAUGGUGCUGGCUGUUCUUGUCGAGCUAGUUGCGAAAUUCUCUCCAAUUCCUCUUCUUCCAGCCUGCUGGUGAUUUGGAGUUGCGCAGUGCCGAUUUACCAGAUAGAUUGCAACCCUUUUUAUUACGCUAUAUAUGAUCACCUACAAUGAUACCGGCCCCACUCAACUUGAAUCCCUUUGGAAAGCGGAAAUUUGUAAAGAUAUCGUGUUUUGCAUGAUAAUGGUCCUCGACAAUUACGCUCGUGUUGUAAGGAAUAUUGUGUGGAGAUUUAGCAUUGUGAAACGUUAAGGUUUGAACAAGAAAGCUGCAGUUAGUGUAGAAAAAAGUCAAAUCCCUUACACACUUGCACACAUAUUACGACAUAUAGAAAUGAAAGGACGAACGACUAUUUUUAAAUCCCUAAAAGCAUACAUUUGAAUCGCAAUACGCAGCCAGGAGCGUGAGCAUGAAAUAUGAAUCACGGAGCAUUAAGAUAUAUUACUUUUUCAUCGUCGUGAGUGGUAGUCAUUUAAUAUUAGAUUGAAGUAGUUGUGGAGAAUGACUGUAUGAAGGGCGGAAUUGAAUGAUUACGAACUGGAACUAAAGUAUCAACAAAUUUCGAGCGAUGCUCAACGCUCUGCAAUUAUUUUUUUAUUAUAAUUUAGUUAUAUGUACAAAGCGGGAAACAUAACGAAGCGCUCACUUCAACACUCCCUCUAUCGAAUGAAGAAAUAUAGGACUACUGUCACAGAUACACUGCCA